AUGACGUCAUACAUUGACGUGAACGCCACCGUCCUCGACUACGACGGAGACUUUCCACUUCUGAUGCCACGAUGGGGGUACGUGGCUUCGGCGUUUGUGCUCUUCCUCAUCGGCUUUUUCGGCUUCUUCCUCAACCUCAUGGUCAUCCUCUUGAUGUUCAAGGAUAGACAGCUGUGGACGCCGCUCAACGUAAUCCUGUUCAACCUGGUCUGCUCGGACUUCUCGGUGUCGGUGCUGGGCAACCCACUGACGCUCAUCUCGGCAUUAUUCCACCGAUGGGUCUUCGGCAGAACCAUGUGCGUGCUGUACGGGUUCUUCAUGGCUUUGUUAGGUAUAACCUCCAUCACAACGCUCACGGUGAUCUCCUUCGAGCGGUACCUGAUGGUGACUCGGCCGCUGUCAGCGCGUCACCUCACCGGCCGUGGUGCGGCGUGUGCGGUGCUGUUCAUCUGGUGCUACUCGCUGGCGCUGACCACGCCGCCGCUGCUGGGCUGGGGGAACUACGUCAAUGAGGCUGCUAAUAUCAGUUGCUCAGUGAAUUGGCACGAGCAGUCCAGGAACACACUCACCUACAUCCUGUUCCUGUUCGCGAUGGGUCAGAUCGUGCCGCUCUCCGUAAUCACCUUCAGCUACGUCAACAUCAUCAGGACAAUGAAACGGAACUCGCAGCGGCUGGGGCGCGUGAGCCGAGCGGAAGCGCGCGCGACCGCCAUGGUUUUCAUCAUGAUAAUCUCGUUCACCGUCGCCUGGACGCCCUACUCCAUAUUCGCGCUGAUGGAGCAGUUCGCCACCGAGGGCAUCGUGUCCCCUGGAGCAGGAGUCAUCCCGGCACUGGUGGCCAAAAGUUCCAUCUGCUACGAUCCUCUCAUUUACGUUGGAAUGAACACGCAGUUUCGUCAAUCAAUCAAGCGCGUUUUUGGAAUUCACUCGAAGCGAACAACCUCACAAACGGAUAAGAACUACAACAAUACCAUCCUAUCCCCCGCCCACAAACUAUCAGCCUACAACGAUAUCACUGUACGGUACAAUUCCUCCGAAACAAUAGUGUCCAGCACACCUAUAUCCCAAAGGGAAAGAAGCGCCGUACGCAUCGAAGCUCAGUACGAUAUGAUCAACGAAGGCAAAGCCAAAGCCAACCUAAGCACCAUCCAAGAGAGCAAAGGUACGUCGGAAAAUGAGAAAUCGAGUAUACUUGACAGAGAAGAAGAGAAGAGUACUCUAGAAGAUGUGUUUGGAGAAUCCUGUCAAUUGAAAGAAGGUUCGACGAGUUCAGCUUUACUAGAACCAGAGAAGAUUGAAAAAGAUAAGAAGCAAAGUACAGUCGUUGAUGUGACACAUAAACAAAAAAUUAAGGUCAUCCAACACAGCUACUCUCUAGAUUUGGCCGACCCGCCAAGGGAGAAGAAAAGGAAGUACUCGGUCGAAACAAAACUAGACGCGUUUAAUUCCAAAAAUUUCUUGAAAGACAACGUGACGAAUAAGAUAUUCCAUUCGGAUUUCAUACAGAAAGAUAAAUGCAGAAGCUACUUAUGUGACUUUUCGAAUGAGGACGACGCUGAUUCUUAGUAUUUCCAAACCGUAGGUAACUUUGUUCACUUGUAUGUACUCC